CAGAGGGAUGGGGAAGGCUGCACAAAGGAAUUCCUCAUACCAAGCCCCCUGACCGCCAGCUCCUGCGAGUAAAGAAGCCGACCUUCCUUCCCAGCUCUCUGGCGCCCGCACGCCUUCCCACCGUGGCUGGGCUCAGGCCGUAGAGCCUCUGCGAACAUUCCAAGAGGACCCAAACUUCUUCCUGUAGGUGGCAACAGUGACACCUGUUUGAUCAGUGAGGCUGAGCCAGGGACUGCAAAAGGGAGGAGGCAGACACCUCGGAGAGGAGCUGGGAAGCAGAGCUGCGCACUCCCUGAGUAAAAGAGUAAAAGGCCUUCACCAUGGCCGAGUCUCCUGGCUGCUGUUCCAUCUGGGCCCACGGCCUCCACUGCCUAUAUAGCUGUCACUGGAGGAAAUGGCCUAGACAGAGGAUGAAGACCAGCAAGUGCGACUGCAUCUGGUUUGGCCUGCUCUUCCUCACCUUCCUCCUGUCCCUGGGCUGGUUCUACAUCGGGCUCAUCCUUCUCAAUGAUCUGCACAACUUCAAUGAAUUCCUGUUCCACCACUGGGGACACUGGAUGGACUGGUCCCUGGUAGUCAUGCUGGUCAUCUCUCUGCUGGUCACAUAUGCAUCCCUGCUAUUGCUCCUGGGCCUGCUCCUGCAGCUCUGUGGUCAGCCUCUGCAUCUUCACAGUCUCCACAAGGUGCUAUUGCUCCUCAUUAUACUUCUGGUGGCCACUGGCCUGGUGGGACUGGAUAUCCAAUGGCGGCAGGAGUGGCAUAGUCUACGACUGUCACUGCAGGCCACAGCCCCAUUCCUUCACAUUGGAGCAGUUGCUGGAAUCACCUUCCUGGCCUGGCCUGUGACAGAUACCUUCUACCGUAUGCAACCAAGAGGCCCCAAGGUUCUACUACUGUUCCUAUUUUUUGGAAUCACUCUGGUCAUCUACCUGGCCCCCCUAUUCAUCUCCUCCCCCUGCAUCAUGAAACUCGGAGACUUACCCCCCAAGCCUGGUCUGGUGGGACACCGAGGGACUCCCAUGCUGGCCCCCGAGAACACCCUGAUGUCCUUAAGGAAAACAGCCGAAUGUGGAGCUACUGUGUUUGAGACAGACGUGAUGGUCAGCUCUGAUGGAGUCCCCUUUCUCAUGCAUGACGAGCGGCUGAGCAGGACUACCGAUGUAGCCUCUGUGUUUCCAGAGCGAGUCUCAGCCCACAGCAGCGAUUUCUCCUGGGCUGAACUGCAGAGACUCAACGCUGGAGCCUGGUUCUUAGAGAGGCAACCCUUCUGGGGGGCGAGAGCGCUGUCAGGCUCUGAUCGGAAGGAGGCUGAGAAUCAGACAGUGCCAGCCUUAGAAGAACUGCUGAAGGAAGCAGCAGCCCUCAACCUCUCCGUCAUGUUUGACCUGCGCCGACCCCCGAUCAACCACUCAUACUAUGACACGUUUGUGAAUCAGACAUUGGAGGCUGUGUUGAAUGCAAGCGUGCCCCAAGCCAUGGUCCUUUGGCUCCCGGAUGAAGACCGUGCUUCUGUGCAACAACGGGCUCCCAGCAUGCGCCAGAUAUAUGGACAUCAGGGGGGCAACAGGACUGAGCAGCCCCAGUUUCUCAACCUCCCCUAUCAAGACCUGCCAGUGUUGGAUAUCAAGGCACUCCACCAGAGUAAUGUCUCGGUGAACCUGUUCGUAGUGAACAAGCCCUGGCUCUUCUCCCUGCUCUGGUGUGCAGGGGUAGACUCAGUCACCACCAACGACUGCCAGCUGCUGGGACAGAUGCACCACCCCCUCUGGCUUAUUCCCCCUCAGAUCUACUUAAUGAUAUGGAUCGUCACUGACUGUGCCUCCAUUCUGCUGCUUUCGUGUAUCUUCGUCCUCCGAGGGAGAUGUGCCAGGAGAAAGAGAACAGGCUUAGAAGCAACAGUGCUGCUGACCAGGAUCAACAAUGUCACCUCGGAAUGAAUGCGGAACCUGUGCCCCCAUCAGCUACAGACCAAGGGCUGCAUGCAGCAGCCAGAGGGAAGGAAGGGAAGGAGCUCAAGUGGAACAUCCAGGAAUAAAAUGUUUGGAGGAGGGGAGCAUUCAUAACAAGUUUUCAAACUAAGAGGGCCCUCUGUCCAAAUGGUGGGCAUGUCCCAAGCUGCCAUGGAAUUUGCUGCCUUUGACAUUUUAACAUGACUUAGUUGGAAAGACAGUGACAGGAAGUUACUCCCAAAAUUAAACCAAGUGAGAGAUAAUGUCUUGGGCCUGCACGCACAUGUGCUCGGGUAGAAGACGCCGGGUGUGUCAGGGUGGAAUAGCCCACAAUGGUGACUGGAGAACUUAAAGAUGGUGAAGACAGUCCCCACUCCAGUCCCUUUUUCUCCUCACCCUCACAAUUUAGCGUCUUUCCUGCCCACAGGUUGGGAGCUGGAAAGCUCAUUUAGCAAUACAGUUCUGUGCCUACGGUGCUUUUGGUUGUGAGCCGUGAAUGGUCCCUGUA